AUGGUCCUAUGGCAUCCACCCGAUGCCCCUUGGGUGAAGCUGAAUACAGAUGGUGUCUUCUCCUCGACGACAUUGGAGGCGGGAGAGGGAGGACUUGUUCGUGGCACUGAUGGAGAUCUUCUGCGGGCCUUCUAUUCUCCAGUGGAUGCAUCGUCAAGCUUUGAGGCGGAGCUUAUGGCUCUUAUCCGAGGCUUGGAGAUGGCCAUGGAGUUUUCUACACACAUCUGGAUAGAGCUUGACUCAGCAGCUCUGGUUACUUUAAUGUCAUCUGGACAACCUGGUUCUGCGGAUUCUCACACAUCUACAGAGAAGGAAACCGUGCUGCCGAUUUUCUUGCAGCAUCUCCCUGAUGCCCCUUGGGUGAAGCUGAACACUGAUGGAGUCUUCUCUACAUCGACAAUGGAGGCGGGAGAGGGAGGAUUGGUUCGUGGUUCUGAUGUAGGUCUUCUGCGGGCCUUCUAUUGUAACGACCGGCCCAUCUAG